AUGGAGAACCUACUUGCCAAGGAGCACCUGCCGGAGCAGACUAAUUAUAGUCACGCGCCGAAAUCAAAUGCUUUCUAUUCUGGAAAUGUUAUACAGCCUUUUCCUUUUCGUUCAACUCUGCCGCCUCUGAAUUCAUCAUUGCAAGCGCCAAAUCCUCUUAUGCAGUCAUCUUUCUACUCAAAUUGGCCUUAUCCACAGUACCCCGGUACGUAUGGUCCAGGGAUUUUUCGACUGCGGCCUGAUGUUGCGAGAUAUACGAAUACAAUUGCAAAGAAGGGCGAACGAAGCAGACAAAGAAAAAAGCAGACGACGGAGAAGACUUCAAAAAAGGAUGACGAGGGAAACGAGGACAAAAAAGAAGAAGAAAAGUCGACAAAAGAGGACGAGACUGAAGACAAGGAAGACCCAACCAAAAGCUGGCUCAAAUCAACUGCGCAGCGAAAAAAACGCGUGCCAUAUUCAAGGAACCAACUUCUUGAGCUCGAGAAGGAAUUUCGCUUCAAUCAAUAUCUAUCUCGAGAUCGCAGACAAGAGCUUGCUAAUUUGGUUAAUCUAACAGAUCGGCAGGUGAAAAUAUGGUUUCAAAAUCGACGUAUGAAAUGGAAACGCGAAAGAAGAUCUGACGAUCUAUCGGGAGACACAAUCGACGCUGCCCUUGAUCCAGAUAUGUGGAAUCAAAGUCAGUUCUUUUUCUAG